GCUGCCCGGCAGCGCGGCUGUCACUUCGCAGGAAGUUCCUGUCGGCCUCGGCCUGUAACCUUGGGCCACUUCCCCGGCAGGGGCUGAGCGGAGGGAGGGGGCGGAGAGCGUUCCGGAAGCGCCGUGCUCCGUUCCUGCCGCGCCGCCGUCCCAGUCCCGGGAGCAGGCGCAGGUCGCGGCCCAGAAGCGCAGGCUGCAGCAGCGGCGGGAGGCGAGGCCUACGCGGGCCGCACCGCCAGCAUGUCCCUGGUGGCCGAAGCGUUGGUCUCCCAGGUCGCAGCUACAGAACCUUGGCCUGAAGAUGCUACACUUUAUCAGCAGCUGAAAGGGGAACAAAUUUUGCUUUCUGAUAAUGCUUCUUCUCUUGCUGUUCAGGCCUUUUUGCAAAUGUGCGAGCUCCCCAUCAAAGUGGUUUGUAGAGCAAAUGCUGAAUACAUGUCCCCAUCUGGUAAAGUACCUUUUAUUCAUGUGGGAAAUCAAGUAGUAUCAGAACUUGGUCCUAUAGUCCAAUUCGUAAAAGCCAAGGGCCAUUCUCUUAGUGACGGGUUGGAUGAAGUCCAAAAAGCAGAAAUGAAAGCCUACAUGGAAUUAGUCAAUAAUAUGCUGUUGACAGCAGAGUUGUAUCUUCAGUGGUGUGAUGAAGCUACAGUAGGGGAGAUCACUCAUUCUCGAUAUGGAUUUCCUUAUCCUUGGCCUCUGAACCACAUCUUGGCUUAUCAAAAACAAUGGGAAGUCAAACGCAAGAUGAAAGCCAUUGGAUGGGGUAACAAGACUCUGGAUCAGGUCUUAGAAGAUGUAGACCAGUGCUGUCAAGCUCUUUCUCAAAGACUAGGAACACAACCAUAUUUCUUCAAUAAACAGCCAACUGAACUUGAUGCCCUGGUUUUUGGCCAUCUCUUCACAAUCCUUACCACUCAGUUGACCAAUGAUGAGCUCUCUGAAAAGGUGAAAAAUUACAGCAACCUCACUGCUUUUUGUAGAAGAAUUGAACAGAACUACUUUGAAGAAAAUGGAAAAGGACGCAUCCCCCUCAGGUUGGCCUAGAGAGUUGUCGAAUUAGCUACUUCAGGGAAAUGUCUAACUUAAAUUAGGUUAAACUUCAUGAUUGUAAUAGUAUAAGAAUUUAAAAAAUGAACACAACUUUUAGAAGCCUCCUGUUGUAUAAUAGUUCCUUUAUAUGUAUUUUGUAGCUAAUGUACACACUAAACAAUUCUGAAUUACUCUGUUGUAUUAUGUAUGUUUAUUUCCUUGAAACAUGUAUGCACAUAAAAAUAAAGCUUUAACAGUGAUACAAGUUUCUCCCCACCCCAGUUGUUCUGUCAGCUUUAUGCAUGUGAAUUGAAGAAGUGUUUUUAGUUCUUCCCAGGGCAAAGACAAAAAGCCAAGACAACGAAGGUGAUCUUGCUAGUUAGAUGGUAAAAUUAGCCAUGGGAAAAAAUGGUCAUUUUAGAAUUGAAUAAAUAUACACUUUAGAAAAUUUGCCUAUUUACAAGAUGAUUAGAUAAUAUACUAAUUUGACAUUUUAAGAAGUAAUUCUUGUCUGAAAUCAAUUGGAUGAAAAGAUAUACUUCCAAAAGCAGUUAAAGUACAUUUCAUAAAGGGAUAGCUCUGCCUUGUGACGCUUAGAUCAAAGAACCAUAGCUUUAGAGCUAGAAGGGACCUCAUAUUUUUUUAAGAAUUUUUCUUAAUGAUUUUUCCCCUUAAAAUUACUAAUCACAAAAGGAGUAAUGUGACUGUAAGAGACCAUUAAGUAUGUGCAACCUAGGGAAUAAUCAGGAAAGUAGUCUUUUAUAUUUUUCUGUUUUAAGUUUUUGCUUUCUGUUUUAGUUUUUUCUUUUCCUAAAUAAACAAAAUACUAUAAUGCAUUAGGUGGCAACAGUUUUCUUUCCCCCAGUGGAAAACAUUCUCUCUAUUGAUGGCAAAUGUUAUCGUAUAAAUAUUUUCAGAAAGUUUUAUUUUUACUAUGCACUCUCGGUAUGUACUGUGGCUCCACUUUGUUUUAUUCUCUCUCAAUUUUUUUUUUUUUUUUGGUGGGGCAGUGGGUGUUAAGUGACUUACCCAGGGUCACACAGCUAGCAAGUGUCAAGUGUCUGAGGUCAGAUUUGAACUCAGGUUCUCCUGAAUCCAGGGCUGGUGCUUUAUCCACUGUGCCACCUAGCUGCACCUGCUUUGCUUUAUUCUUACUUCUCCCUAAUCUCCCCCUCCCCCAAAUCACAUGCUUUGAAAUCUUUAUUUAGAUUCUAAUGCCAUUUUGUUUAGUCUUUGUUUUCUUUUUGAGUCUUUACUUUUAAAAGUUUUUAAUCCUCAGUUACUUAGGUUUAGGCUGACUUUUUUUAAAGACCUGUUUUAUCUUAAUUCUUUUUUAUAUCAUCCUUAUUCUUAAAGGACUUUUUGAAUUUCACCAUGUUAUUGAUUUGAUAAUCAUUUCUUCUUAUACAUACUUUUAUACUUUUGAUAUUGUUCCUGGAUCAUUCAGUACAUGGAUUCUAUGCUUUUUCUUGAUGUUUUUGGAUGAAAAGUCACCUAUAUAGCACAAGAUUCAUUUUUAUCGUUACCAUUACAAUUUGCUCUCUUCUUUCUCUUAAGAUAAAGGGCUUUAGGAGACAGUAGCUGUUUAUUCUAAGCUGAGAUUUCUGCUCUUAUUUAAGACUUACUAUCUAUGGAUCACUUUAGGUCUUGUUGCUGUCCUCUGUCAAGGUGAAUCAGCAUCAAGGCAAAAUGCAUUAGAAAAUGGAAACCUUGACAUCCCAUUAUGGUGAUUCAGUUUCCUGCCUUUACCUUUUAAAUUGGAGCAUUUAAAGCCAAGUCACAGUAGCUAAAAAUUAUCACUGAAAAGUCAGCGCUGCUUGUUCCCAUUCUGCUUGCUGACAAAAAAAGCUAGAUGUGUAUUUGGUUUUUUUUUUUCCUCUGCCAAAUGUUUGAGGUUACUCUGAACACUCUAAAAGUAGCAUACUGCCCUAUUUUGUGAAUUUUAAUGUGUAAUUUUACAGAGUGGUUCAUUAGGAUACUGAGUAGAACAAUAAGGAAAAGAAUUAUUAUAGUCAACAGAUAUUAUACAUGCAGUGUUAAUGUAUUUUGGAUUUCUUAUUAGAAUGAAACCAUAUUUGUAAAGAGAUUAGUACCCAGUGUCUGGUACAUAAUAGAUGCUUAAAAAUUCUUUCCUUCCUUCCUUCCUUCCUUCCUUCCUUCCUUCCUUCCUUCCUUCCUUCCUUCCUUCCUUCCUUCCUUCCUUCCUUCCUUCCU